AUGGCACCGCCGCAUCCCCUAGACCCCCUCUCGUCGGCCGAGAUCGAAAAGGCCAUCGCCGUCGUCAAAGAGGCACACGGCCACGUCUUCUUCAACGUCGUCUCCCUCCACGAGCCCCGCAAGGCCGAGUUGACCAGAUGGCUCGCCUCGCCCUCCACGACGCCCCUCCCACGCCGCAUUGCCGAUGUUGUGGUGAUCGCCAAGGGCGGCAAGGUAUACGAUGGUCUCGUUGAUAUCGCCUCUGGCGCAAUCACCAAGUGGGAGCUCAUGGAGGGCGUGCAGCCGAUUAUCACAAUGGAAGAGCUGCAGCUCGUCGAACACAUCUGCCGCACCGACCCCAAGGUCAUAGAGCAGUGUGAGAUCUCCGGGAUCCCCGCCUCCGACAUGCACAAGGUCUACUGCGACCCGUGGACCAUCGGCUACGACGAGCGCCACGGCAACACCGUCCGCCUCCAGCAGGCCCUCAUGUACUACCGCCCGGACCCGGACACCUGCCAGUACCAGUACCCGCUCGACUUCUGCCCCAUCUACGACGCCGACAAGCAGGCCAUCGUCGCCAUCGACGUGCCCAACGUCCGCCGCCCGCUCAGCAAGGCCGCGCCCAUCGACUACCACCCGGCCGCCGUCGAGCGCCAGGGCGGCUACCGCCGCGACCUGAAGCCCAUCAAUAUCACCCAGCCGCAGGGCGUCUCGUUCAGCAUGUCCGGGCGCGAGAUCGAGUGGCAGAACUGGCGCUUCCACAUCGGCUUCAACUACCGCGAGGGCAUCGUCCUCAGCAACAUCACCUUCAACGACAAGGGCAACGUGCGGCCCGUCUUCUACCGCCUGUCGCUGGCCGAGAUGGUCGUGCCCUACGGAAACCCGGAGCACCCCCACCAGCGCAAGCACGCCUUCGACCUGGGCGAGUACGGCGCCGGCUACAUGACCAACAGCCUGUCGCUGGGCUGCGACUGCAAGGGCGAGAUCCACUACCUCGACGCCGAGUUCCCGACCCGCGCCGGCGGCGUGCGCACCAUCAAGAACGCCAUCUGCAUCCACGAGGAGGACAGCGGCAUCCUCUUCAAGCACAGCGACUUCCGGGACGACUCGGUGAUUGUCACGCGCGGCCGCAAGCUCGUCAUCCAGCAGAUCUUCACCGCCGCCAACUACGAAUACGUCAUCCAAUGGGUCUUCCACCAAGACGGAACAAUCCAGCCAGAGGUGAAGCUGACGGGAAUCCUCAACACUUACUCCAUCAACCCCGGCGAGGACACAAAGGGCUGGGGCACGCAGGUGUACCCGGGCGUCAACGCGCACAACCACCAGCACCUCUUCUGCCUGCGCAUCGACGCCAACGUCGACGGGCCGCGCAACACCGUCUUCGCCGUCGACGCCGUGGCCUCCGACGCGCCCGUCGGCUCCCCGGAGAACUUCUACGGCAACGCCUUCUACGCGCGCCGCACCAAGCUCGACACCACGGGCAAGGCCCGCACCGACUACGACGCCUCCACGAGCCGCACCUGGGAGAUCGCCAACACGGACAAGCUGCACCCCUACAGCGGCAAGCCGGUGUCGUACAAGCUCGUCAGCAGGGAGGUGCCGGGUCUGCUGCCCAAGGAGGGUUCCCUCGUGUGGAAGCGCGCCGGGUUCGCGAGGCACGCGGUCCACGUCACAAAGUACCGCGACGACGAGCUCUGGCCCGCGGGCCGCCACGUCCCGCAGACCUCGGGCGAGCCCUCGCGCGGCCUCCCCGAGUGGAUCGGCGACGGCUCCGAGAACAUCGAGCAGGAGGACAUCGUCCUCUGGCACACCUUUGGCGUCACGCACAUCCCGUCCCCGGAAGACUUCCCCGUGAUGCCGAGGGAGGACAUGACGCUGCUGCUGCGGCCGCGCAACUUCUUCGCCAGCAACCCCGUCCUCGACGUGCCGCCCAGCUACUGCAGCACCCCGAGCCAGGUCGCCGCCGGGAACAAGGGCGUCCUGGACGCGACGGACAGGGUCAGCAAGCUGGCCUUCUCCGAGCCGGCCGGGUCGUGCUGCGCGCCGGGGAAGAGUAAGCUGUGA